ACCCGGGCCCUGCAAACCUGCGCGGCGGGGGCGGGCCCAAGACCUGCCGCGGAUCUUCCAUUCUCCAGGGCGGGAGCGGGAGCUCCGGCGUCCCGGAUCGGGCUCGGCGCACGCCCAUGGCAAGCGCGGCCUGCCCAGGCCCCGGGGACCCUGCCAUGUGAGGCAGGCCCGGGCUGGGGGCCCGGCCAUGGCCGGGGAACGGCCCCCACUGCGGGGCCCUGGGCCAGGGCCGGGAGAAGCGCCGGGGGAGGGGCCCCCGGGACCGGGGAGUACGGGUGGAGGCCCGGGCCGGGGCCGCCCCUCCUCCUACCGGGCUCUCCGCAGCGCCGUCUCCAGCCUGGCGCGCGUGGACGAUUUCCACUGCGCAGAGAAGAUCGGGGCCGGCUUCUUCUCUGAGGUCUACAAGGUUAGGCACCGACAGUCAGGGCAAGUCAUGGUGCUGAAAAUGAACAGACUCCCCAGUAACCGGGGAAACACGCUACGGGAGGUGCAGCUGAUGAACCGGCUCCGACACCCCAACAUCCUAAGGUUCAUGGGGGUCUGUGUGCACCAGGGGCAGCUGCACGCUCUUACAGAGUAUAUGAAUGGGGGGACCCUGGAACAGCUGCUCAGCUCCCCAGAACCCCUGUCCUGGCCAGUCAGGCUCCGGCUGGCUCUGGACAUUGCCCGGGGCCUGCGGUACCUGCAUGCCAAAGGUGUAUUCCACCGAGACCUAACAUCCAAGAACUGUCUGAUCCGGCGGGAAGACCGAGGCUUCACGGCUGUUGUGGGUGACUUCGGGCUGGCUGAAAAGAUUCCUGUGUAUAGGGAAGGGGCAAGAAAGGAGCCAUUGGCUGUGGUAGGUUCCCCUUACUGGAUGGCUCCAGAGGUGUUGCGGGGUGAGCUGUAUGAUGAGAAGGCCGAUGUCUUUGCCUUUGGUAUUGUCCUCUGUGAGCUCAUUGCACGAGUACCUGCGGACCCAGAUUACCUACCCCGAACUGAGGACUUUGGCCUGGAUGUGCCUGCUUUCCGGACCCUGGUAGGGGAUGACUGCCCACUGCCCUUCCUGCUCCUGGCCAUCCACUGCUGCAGUAUGGAACCUAGCACUCGUGCUCCCUUCACGGAAAUCACCCAGCAUCUGGAAUGGAUCCUGGAGCAGCUGCCUGAGCCAGCCCCCCUCACCAGAGCUUCCCUGACACACAAUCAGAGGUCUGUUUCAAGAGGGGGUCCCUCUGCCACCCUUCCUAGGCCAGACCCCCGGCUUUCCCGAAGCCGGUCAGACCUCUUCCUGCCCCCAUCACCAGACUCACCCCCCAACUGGGGGGACAAUCUGACUCGAGUCAAUCCCUUCUCACUCCGGGAAGACCUCCGGGGAGGCAAGAUCAAGCUGUUGGACACACCUAGCAAGCCCGUGACCCCCCUGCCCCUUGUUCCACCAUCACCACUGCCCUCCUCGCAGCUGCCCUUGGUGACCACUCCAGAGACCCUCAUCCAGCCUGGGACACCUGCCCGUCGCUGCCGUUCGCUCCCAUCAUCCCCUGAGCUCCCCCGACGUAUGGAGACAGCACUGCCAGGUCCUGGCCCUCCCAGUAUGGGCCCCUCGGCUGAAGAAAGAAUGGAGUGUGAGGGCAGUAGCCCUGAGCCAGAACCCCCAGGACCAGCUCCCCAGCUGCCCCUGGCCGUGGCCACAGACAACUUCAUCAGCACUUGUUCCUCGGCCUCCCAGCCCUGGUCCCCUAGAUCAGGACCUGCCCUUAACAACAACCCCCCAGCUGUGGUGGUGAACUCCCCACAAGGCUGGGCUGGGGAGCCGUGGAACCGGGCUCAGCAUAGCCUGCCCCGGGCGGCAGCCCUGGAGCGGACAGAACCCUCGCCGCCCCCUUCAGCUCCCCGGGAGUCUGAUGAGGGGCUACCCUGCCCUGGCUGCUGUCUUGGCCCUUUCAGCUUUGGCUUCCUAUCCAUGUGCCCCCGCCCCACACCAGCUGUUGCCCGCUACCGCAACCUGAACUGUGAGGCGGGCAGUCUUCUCUGCCACCGAGGGCACCAUGCCAAGCCUCCCACACCCGGCCUGCAGCUGCCCGGGGCGCGCUCUUAGCAGUGGGGCCUGUGGUCUCUGGCCUCCAACUUUGGCCUUCAGGAUGCCCUGUGAGGACGGAGCACACAUGUUGGACAGUGCCAGCCCCAGCAGGGCUGACCGGCUCUUCUCCCCAUGUAGGGGAACCUCAGCAUGGACUCAAGGGACAGAACAUUUCCUGUCUAGCCCCUGGGCCUGCUCUCCCAUGGGCGAUCACUGAACCAGACAAAGCAUUGCUGACACAUGAGACUAACACGUGCAAAUUAUUUAAAAAUAUUUCAAUAAAACUGCCUGGCUGGCUCCGGGCUGCCCCUA